AUGUCUUCUAUUGGUUUCUGGAAUUGUAGGGGAGUUAGGAAAAAGGCUACUUCCCUUUAUGCUAAGGAGUUUAUCAGAGAAAAUGAUGUGUUUUUUCUUGGGUUAUCAGAAACUAAGCUGAUGUUGAUUGAUAAUAAGCUUGUUGAAGAAAUUUUUGGAGAUGGUUGGGACUUCUUUUUUGUUCCUUCUGAUGGAUUGUCUGGGGCUGCUACCAAUAUUGUACUUUCGUCUUGGAAGAAAAAUGCAAAGGGUGAUCCAGCUCAAAUUUUGAAUCAGAAAAUGAAAAGAGUUUUAAGGGAUCUUCAUUAUUGGAGCAGAUCAAAGUUCAAGGAUAUUAAUCUAGCCAAAGAUAAUCUUCAAAAGGAGAUUAUUACUUUACAGGAAAAGGAAGGGGGAGGAGUGGAAUUCACAUCUGAGGAACAAUGGAGAUUAAAAGCUUGUAUGGAAGAACUCAGCAUUUUAUUAAAUCAGAUUAAUACAAUCUGGAAACAAAGAGCCAAAAUCAAAUGGCUUUCGGAUGGGGACUCUAAUACCAGAUUUUAUCAUGCUUUUGCCAAUGCUAGAAGAAAUUCCAACUACAUCCAUAGUAUCAAAAGUAUGCAAGGAGAUUUAGUGGAAGAUCAAGAGGGUAUAGAGGAGAUAUUAUUCCAGUUUUUUAACAUCAAAUGGAAGAAAAGAUUGUGUGUUUUGCUGGGAUGGCCAUUACCGAAUUCUGUCUUAGUGAAAAAAGACAAAGAGUAUCUGCGAAGGAAAUUCUCUAUUGAAGAGCUUGAAAAGGUCAUAAAGGAGCUUGGAAGCAACAUUUCUCCCGGACAAGAUGUUUAUAAAAUUGCUGCAAAAAUUAUUCUUAAUAGAAUAUUAAAUGUUGCACCGAAGUUGAUCUCUAAUGAACAAGUAGCUUUUUUGAAAGGUAGAUCCAUUUCGGAUCAUGUUCUUGUGGCCCAUGAUAUUUUUCAUAAAUUUAGGCAUUCCAAAUCUGCUAAUGGUUUGGUUUCUUUAAAAAUUGAUAUGGAGCAAGCUUAUGACUCCAUGGGUUGGCCUACUUUGAACAAAGCUCUUAGAUAUUUUGGUUUUCCAGAUUUCUUUGCUGAUUUGGUCAUGGAAUGUGUGAUUGAUCCUAGCUUUUCUUUGGUUAUUAAUGGUAUUUGUUCUAAACGGAUUGAAGCAAAAAGUGGCUUUCGACAGGGAUGUCCUUUAUCCCCUUUUCUAUUUGUUUUAUGUGCACAACUAUUGACAAAUGCUUUCUAUCAAAGGGGUAAAUCAAUUGGUAUUAGUGUUUCAGCAAGGAGUCCUAAAGUUUCCCAUUUGCUUUAUGCUGAUGACAUUUUGGUGUUCUCUGAAGCCAAGUUGGAGUCUAUCAAUCUUGUUAAAAAGAUUAUCAUGGAUUUUUGUGAUUGGACGGAUCAAAAGGUCAAUUUUCAAAAAUCUGGUAUUCUUUUUGGUAAACAUGUUAAUAGAAGGAAGAGAUGGAAAAUUUGCAAAAUUAUAAAAUUUAAAGAACUACAGGAAUUCAACUAUCUAGGUACUAAAAUGGCUUUGAGAAGGAUGAAGGGUUCUGAUUUCCAAUUCAUCUUGGAUAAUGCAUUGAAGAAGAUUGUACCAAAAAGAAUUAUGUUGGAAAUUGAGAAAGCUUGCAGGAAGUUCAUUUGGAGUAAAGGGAACCGGGAAAAAGGUCUUCAUUAUAUUAGCUGGGAUACUCUGUGUAAACCGAAGAAAGUGGGAGAAGAUUCUUCAAGCAGAACGGGUUCUACUGCUUAUAAAUUGAUUAAGAAUGGAGGAAAGUUUUUAAAGCCAAUCAUCAGAUGGGAAAUUGGUAAAGGGAACUUAAUAAAUGUUGUUAAAGAUACGUGGAUCUAUGACAAAAGCUUACUGAAAUGUCCUACUUUUACUCAUUAUUUGCUUGAAGAUAAUUAUAUGGUGGAAGAUUUCAUUAAGGAUGGAAGAUGGGAUGUGCAGGAGCUACAAAAAUUCUUUGGUGCAGAACUUAUGGAAAUUAUCAGAAAUGUUCAUUUCAACGAGAGCAAGGAAGAUCGGAUGGAGCUUAUUCUCAAAUUUUUGGGUAAAUCACUGACGUCCUUAGCUUGUGAAGUUUUGGAAAAUUGUUAUGCUGACGGAAGGCUCCAAGAAUUUGAUAAUUGUCCUAGAGGAUGUGGGAUAUCAGAGAAUACAGAACAUAUUAUUUCAGGUUGUGGAAAUCUGAUCAAAACUGUGGAAGUUUUAAACUUUUGGGGCUUUG